AUGGAAUUACCGUGGAAGUACCAUGUCUUCUUGAGCUUUAGGGGAGAAGACACCCGCGACAGCUUCACAGGUCACUUACAUGCUGCUCUUGAACGAAGAGGUAUCAUAACUUUCAUAGAUGAUGAACUUAGGAAAGGAGAAGAUAUCUCCCAAGAACUCUUCCAAGCCAUUGAGGAAUCUCUCGUCUUCAUUGUUAUUCUUUCCCCAAACUAUGCUUCUUCUCGUUGGUGUUUGGCUGAACUCCAAAAGAUUCUUGAAUCCAAGCGAUCUUUGGGAAGAGAAGUUGUUCCGGUAUUCUUUAACAUAGAUCCAUCUCAUGUGAGACAUCAAAGAGUUACCAUUGGAGAUGCCUUUAAAAGCCACAGGCAGAGAUUUGCUGAUGAGAAGGUCCAAGGAUGGAGAGAUGCUUUACGUGAAGUUGGCAAUAUAUCUGGCUACGAUUGCAACGACCGGUAA